AUGACCACACCACAAAUGAGCGAAGCAGAACAAUUAAAGACGUUUAAAGAUUUUCUUGUUCAAUAUAACAAACUAUCAGAACUCUGCUUUAAUGACUGUAUUCAUGAUUUUACAUCAAGAAAUCUUAGACCUUCAGAGGAUAAAUGUACAGUUAAUUGUAUGGAGAAAUAUUUGAGAACAAACCAGCGAGUAUCUCAAAGAUUCCAUGAAUUCCAGAUGAUAGCUAAUGAGAAUAUGUUAGCAUUAGCUCAGAAAUCUGGUAACCCAAGU